UUAUAUAUUACGCACUUACAAUUGAGAAUAGUGCGGCGAUACUUUGAUCAAGGGACCUACAGACUGCUUCCAAUGUAUCCAAGUCUUCAGUGUGGAUGCACUUAUCAACAUGGGAUUGAAAACAGCACUGAUUUCUGUUUUCCUAAACCUUUUGGUUAUUACAGCGACUGUUUCUAGAGAGAUUUCUGAAAUAAAUGUCCUUGCAGAGAAACCGUGUACAAAAGGUUUUACGCUGAUUCCGUUUGUUAGUGAACCCGAAGGCGUGGAAAUUAUACCGAAAUGUUACAAAUUUUUCAAUGCAAAGGCUUCCUUCGAGGGCGCCCUGGAAAAAUGUGAUGACAUUGGAUCAACAUUGGCAACUCCGAAACAUUCUGUUGAAAUAGAAAGUCUUGCAAACUACAUUUUAAAAAACAGGCCAUACACUAAGAGAUAUUGGAUCGGCCUCUCUGAUCAGGCCGAGGAAGGUGUCUUCAAAUGGGCAGAUGAUGGGGCAACAUUGCAAUCAAGUUUCAAGUCAUGGACCGCGAGAGAACCCGACAGCUCUGAGAGUGCAGAGCCGGGAAGUCGCGGUGAUCAACAGGAUUGCGUAAAAAUGGCGAUAUGGAUAUUUGGAAAAAGAUCAGCAGCUUCGUUUUACGAUACACAAUGCGCAAAAAUGGAAUCAUAUGUUUGCGAAAAGGACCCGAUCAUGGAGGUUAAACCGAUAUUCGAAGACGUAAAAAGAAAUUCCAGCGGACUGGUGUUUUCAAACGGAACCGGGGAGGGACGACCAAAGGAUAUUGAGGUCGACUUCAUCGGCCAAAAGAAAUACAAACAAUUGUCUCAAAACGACACCAAUAAACAGGAGUACACUGAGGCCAUGUCCGCAGAUGGUGAAAAUGCACAAGAAGGAAAAGAAGGCGAACAUUUUCCAAUGAAGGUUACGGCAGAUUAUGAUGACAUUGAAGCCGAAUACGAAGCUAGGAUGAUGCUAAAAUCUAAUUCCUCAACCAAGUUCAGACCAGAGGUAUCCGAUCUUCCGAACGAUCCGGAAGAAAUGGUUGAAGAGCCUACAGGAGAAAUUACGAGGAAAACUGGAAGCGGAUCGAAGCCAGGCGUCCAAAAGAAAGAGCGCCGUACGUGUAGUUUAAAAUGCCACCCGAAUUACAUAAGAGCAGCAUGUCCUUUGAAAUAUUUCCCUCAGCUGGAAAAUACUAAAGUGGUAUUAAACAAUGCAAGUUGCAGACCAAGACGAAACCGAACUCAUUUGAUUGUUCACACAAAUCUUGACAGCUGUGGAACGAUUGUCGAGAAUGUUCCAAGGAAAAACAAGCUUUCAUUUCGCAAUACAAUUAGACUUUUGCCCAGUGGAUCUGGAAUCAUUCGUGAUUACAAAAUGGCUUCGUCUCUCACAGAAGUUAUGGUUUUAGACUGCAGAUAUCCAAGCAAACAUACUGUUUCUCAUAGUUUUCAACCGGCAGAUCCCAAGCCCCCUGUUUACAAGACGCAAGGGGAGGGUCCGCAACUCAACCACGUGAUGUUAUUGUAUAAAACUGAAAAAUAUGAUUGUCCAUACGAGCGGGAAGCAUAUCCGGUAAAGGUGAUGCUGUCAGAUCGGGUGUUUCUUGAGGUCACGUUAAAUAUGCCAAGUGUAAGAGUUGAACUUCAUCCAAUAACUUGUUUUGCUACCCCUGAUGGAAAUGAAUUCAAUUCGAACAAUUAUGUGAUGCUUCAAGACGGAUGCGUCGAAGAUGAUACCUUCAUCAUUGAGGAUAAUCCGAAUCGCAAAGUGUCGAGAUUUAGCGUUGAAGCAUUCAGAUUUGUUGGGUAUUUUAGAAAUGUUUACAUCCAUUGCAAGUUUAUCGUGUGUAGGAUAAACAGCGAAAGUUCUCCCGAAUGUCCUUAUGCCUGUGAUCCCGAAGCCCAGUAUCGUCGUAAACGUGCUGCAGAGGAUGAUGAUGUGGACAAAGAUCAAAAGUUUUUGAUAAGUCGAACUGGUAUGAUUGACAUUGUUGACUCAAUGAAUUCAACAAAUGCGAGAAAUGGAAAAGGAGAGAAAGUGAAUUUACAUCCUGAAGCGGACGAAGAAAAGAAGAAGUCUGAACCCGAUCCUGGAUAUUUACAGAACAACAACAAAGGCGGAAAUUCAGGUGACAGGCAUGAUGCAACAAUAAUGUUCAUUAUUUUGGCUCCGAUCUGCUCUCUCAUGACAUCUAUCGUGCUUAAUUGACGAUACUGUGACACUGUUG